AUGUUGCAAGAUCUGUUCCAUACCAAUGAAGACGAUGCCGUCGCCGCCAGUUCUGGAGGCCAACCCCCACAAACGGUCCGGUCCUUUUCACAUCAUAUGAAAACUCGACCCGUCGAGAUAAAGCUAACCCUGCUCAACCAACAUCACUCACUCUGGGCAAAUUGCCUAUGGAAUGCCAGUGUAGCAAUUGCAGAUCUGCUGGAAACAACGUUUCUUCCCCAUUGUAGCGGAAAGCGUGUUCUUGAACUGGGAUGCGGCGCGGGCCUCCCAUCGCUUGUAGCGCAUCAGCUUGAUGCAAAGGAGGUCCUUCUCACCGAAUAUCCAGAAGAAACCCUUUUAAAGAUUGUUAACCAAAACAUUUCUAUAAACAUCAAAAAGGGAUCCUCCCAUAUCAAGGCUAGCGGUCUGCGAUGGGGAGAUCGGCAGGAGAUAUCCAAAAUCCGCGCUGCCUAUCCAGAUGGCUUUGAUUUGAUUAUUCUCUCUGAUUUGAUUUUCAACCACUCUCAGCAUAUCCCGUUGUUGGCCACGGCAUCGGCUCUUCUCAAUAAAAAUAGCCGCGACGCCAUGCUUUUAGUGGCCUUUUCUCACCAUCGGCCACACAAAAUAAGCGAGGAUUUGAACUUUUUCCAUCUGGCUGCACAUGGCCGCGCUCCCGAAGAGGCUGGACACAACGACACCUUUCCGGGGCUUUCUUUUCCGCCAUUUAUUGUGGUGAAGACAGAUACCAUCGUGAUGCAACCCAUGUUUGAACAUGACAAGGGCGACCCUGUGAUCCGCUCCCAGGUCCAUGUGUACACCCUAAAGCAUGCCCAGUAA